AUGAGCUGCAAUCCGAAUAAUGAUACGUGGAGAACACGACCAAGGGCGUUUAAGCCGAAAGUUAGGACCGGUUGCAAAACUUGCAAAAUUCGCCGGAUCAAAUGUGACGAACAGAAGCCCGCCUGUGUGAAAUGUCGUUCCACGGGACGCCAAUGCGACGGUUAUGACGAGAACAUAGGGAGAGCCUCAAUUAUACAACCACACGACCAUAGUUAUCUCCGAUGCCUGUCCCCCCUAGGCAACCUUUAUCCCACGUGGGCACCUCCUCAGCACUGGGAUUCAAAUGCCCUCCAGUUCUUCCAAAUUCGUACCAUUGCCAACCUGUCUGGCUACUUUAGGUCCGAGUUAUGGGAACGCUAUGUUCUUCAGCUCUCCGUGCUCGAGCCGAGUAUCUUUCACGCCACGGUUGCACUUGGCAGUUUGCAUCGGUGGUAUGUGAACGGAAGGCCUCCCAAUCCAGACCCUUCGGUAUUUCACCAUUAUAACAAAGCCAUUCACCACCUCUUGCGCCCGAUGAACCCGUUGGCAAAGUCCGUUGUCCUGGUUGCAUGUUAUGUGCUCAGCUCGUUUGAAGCACUGUAUGGAGACUACAAUACAUCUUUCAAGCACGUCUCUAGCGGCAUUAGACUGCUCCGCGAGUCAAGUGGCAUCAUCCAGCGAAAUUACCUGCCAAAGACUGCAAGACCCCAGCGUUCCCACAACGAUGAUGAAAUUGAAGAUCUCCUUCUCGUACAUUUUUCACGCCUUGAUCUUCAAGCCUCCAGCUUUCAUCCCGCAUGGACUAUCUCGAUGAUGGAGCCUGAUCUUAUUUCCCGUAUCCGCUCAGAAGUCUCCAUAUCAAGUCUUGAAGAAGCAAGAGGACGUCUUACUGCGCUACUUUUGCAAGUGAUGGACUACAAGAGAGGCAGAGAGAAAGACGCGAAUCAUCAAGCCGCAGAUAGCGAUAUUUCUCGAAAUAGUAUCGGGCAGAGUCUCUCCCGGUGGUGGGACGCAAUGGAGACAUGGCGUCUACAGAAGCACAAUUCCUCAGAACCAAAAGAGAGGAAUGGAAUUAUGUGCCUCCGAAUCCUUUACCUGACCGGAUACAUCCUGUUGACUGUGCCUCGAGGGGCGGAAGAAACCCUGUAUGACAACCUUCGUGACGAGUUCGCGAAGAUUGUAGAAUAUGCUUUUGCUCUAGCACCAGCGCCAGGAGAUGACGGUGAGCUCAGCUAUUCGCACGAACUCGGCAUCUUACCUGGUCUAUAUCUGACUGGAACCAAAUGCCGUGACCCUAUUCUCCGACGUCGGGCAUUAGUACUUCUGACAUCUUGCCGAAGGAGAGAGGGCGUCUGGGACAGUGAUUCGGCGGCGAAGGUCGUAUCUAGGAUCAUUUCCAUCGAAGAGAAAAGUGGCUACGUAUAUAGCUGUAGAGAUGUCGUUGAGGGGAGCCGAGUGAAGGACACCUGGCUCCAGAAACCAUCCAACAUGGACAGACAUGCUACUCUUGUGUUCACCCGCAGGCCACGACCAGAUGCCAGACUGGAGAUAAUUGAGGAGCGAAUUCAAUGGUGA